AUGUAAAUGGUUGAACCCAUCAUCUGUUUUCGUAAACAUCUGAUUGGUGAUCAAAUUUAUGAGAUCAAGUUCACCGAAAAUGCCCUCACCUUAACAAAUGUAAUUCUCCAUCUAAAUCUCUCUAUAGCCCAAGAAACCCGGUACUCCUAAAUACUUCUUUCCAUUAAACUGGUCCUCAGAGAUUAGAUGGCAAUUAACACCUAAAGAAAAUGCUUUUGGCUUUCACACAUAACCAAAAAAAUUUAAAUGGUUUCAUGCUAAACAAAGUGACUUACUAAUAUUAAAGAAGAUCCUUUCCAAAUUUGUUUCUUUCACUAAAAUAUAAGACUUUUAUGAAGCCACAGAGCUUUUGGCAAGUGGUAGCAACAGUCGAGUUUAUUAGGUUGUUAGAAAGUUUGAUAAAAAUAAUAAUUUUGUCACAAAAUGUAUUACAAAGGAGACAAUUUAAAAUUGUGUUGAAAAAAUGGUACAACUGAAGUGUUUAUAAAUUAGAAUGGAUUGUACAAUGAAUUGAAUAUCCUUAAACAGCUAAACCACUCUAAUCUUCCUCGUUUUGAAGAGUUCUAUGUUGGAGAUGGAACCUACUAUAUUGUUUUAGAGUAUUGCCAAGGCCAAAGUUUAAAUUCAUACUUAAAAGAAUUAAAACAUUAAUUAAAUGUAAGAAUCAUUUAGAGUAUUCUUUUGGAAAUACUAUAAGGUGUUGCGUAUUUGCAUUCUCUAAAUAUAAUACAUAGAGAUAUAAAGCCAGAGAAUAUUAUAUUAAAUAUUCAAGAGAAAAAAAUAGAUCUGAAAAUUGUUGAUUUUGGUCUUUCUGUAGAGCUUGGACCAAAUAAAGAACUUAAAAAAUGUGGAACUCCUGGAUUCGUGGCUCCGGAGAUAAUCAAUCUGAAAAAUGAAAAAUAUGGGUUAGAAAGUGAUAUUUUUUCGGUUGGAUGCGUAUUCUAUAAAUUGUAAAUUAAAUUAUAAUUUCUAAGAUUAUCAAGAAAAGAUCUGUUUCAAGGAGAAACCUAAACUGAAAUAUUAUCGGCGAAUAGAAAAUGUCGAUUCAAUAUUUAGAACUUAUCAUUAAUCCAUAUUCCAUAAACUGCUUAAAACCUACUAUCAGAAAUGUUACAUGAAGACCCAAAAUUAAGAAUCAAAGCUGCAUAAGCAUUGUAGCAUACUUUUUUUAGAGAAAAAUUUAGAACCAGUAUUGGAAAUAUAAAUCUUAAACUGAUUCAUGCUAAGGGUAGCUUUCAUACUUAAAAAUCGAAUUUCAAACAAUAGCAUAGUGAUGAUGAAAUACUUGUAGAUUAUUUCAAUAAUGAAUUACCGCCUAUAAAUGAAAUUCCUGUUUUUUUAAAAUAUCAUAAAAAUGGAUAACCAUUAACUUUAAGUCAUGACAAUCAAAAUUCUUAAUCCACCCAUUCUAAAUUUUUUAAAAGAAAUAUCUCAAAAUCCCCAGAAUGA